AGCAACACACACGCAUGAAAACCUGUUCGCGGCGUCCGGGCAACGUGUAGCCUAUAUAUUCCCUGUAGAGUUCAAUAUACGACUACUUAACAUUGUUUUUUUCCCGUUUUAUAUACAUGUAAAUACAUAUGUCCAUUAUCCUUUAUCAUUUUUAUGCUAAAUAUAUAUUGGAACAGUGCGUCUUGGGCGGUAUCAUAGAGUGGAAAGCAGUUUAAAAAGGAACAAAUGGACUGCAAGGAGAAACGGAGCUUCACCAGAAAGGAUUCGCCUGCGCUAUACUGAAAGUGAAGGAGAUGCUUAUGGGAACGUCCGAUUCCUUAUCUAUAAGGACAUCUCUGGCAGACGCUCCAUCAUGACCGAUGGCGAAGGGAGAGAGCGCUUUCAAUACCUGGAGAGUGGUGAGGUGAGAGUUCCGGUGGCGGUCUUAUACCGGGCGCACGGACAUGGCCAAGCUGCCGAGGAUGAGGAGAAAGGCAGCACAUGGGGCCCGGAUGGCUCUGAAGGCUCUAACAGCUCUGAAACUCGGGGUGGUGGUGGCGGUGAUGCCCCUGCUCCGGAUGGUGGGUCUGAGGAGCAGGAGCAGCAGCCGUACCCUGCGCUCGCGCCUGUCGUCUUUUUCUGCAUCAAACAGACAACGCGGCCACGGAACUGGUGCCUCCGGGUGGUUUGUAACCCCUGGUUCGAGCAUGUGAGCAUGCUGGUUAUUCUUCUGAACUGUGUGACCCUGGGCAUGUUCCAGCCCUGUGAGGACGUCGCGUGCCAGUCUGAGUGGUGCAUCAUCCUCCAGGCAUUCGAUGACUGCAUCUUUGCCUUUUUCGCUGUGGAGAUGGUUAUCAAGAUGAUGGCUCUGGGGAUUUUUGGAUCUAAGUGUUACCUUGGAGACACUUGGAAUCGCCUGGACUUCUUUAUUGUCAUGGCUGGGAUGAUGGAGUACUCACUGGAUGGGCACAAUGCCAGCCUGUCAGCCAUCCGGACUGUGCGUGUACUCAGGCCUCUACGAGCCAUCAACAGAGUCCCUAGUAUGAGGAUACUGGUGACUCUGCUCCUAGAUACUCUGCCUAUGUUAGGCAAUGUCCUCCUGCUGUGCUUUUUUGUGUUCUUUAUAUUCGGCAUUGUUGGGGUGCAGCUUUGGGCUGGUCUUUUAAGGAACAGGUGUUUCCUGGACAACAACGCGAAGGAUCUGUAUAAUCUGUCCUUCAUGAGUCCAUAUUACAUGCAUGAGGACGGGGAGGAGAGCCCAUUUAUCUGCUCCACUAUAAUUAACGGCAUGCUCAAGUGCACCGACGUGCCCCAUUACAAGGAGGGUGAGAUGGAGUGCGAUCUAAAUGCAUCCCUUGGACACACCUUGUCUGGGCCUGAUAUCAAGAAUGGUUGUGUGAACUGGAACCAGUACUACAGUGUGUGUCAGCCCGGGGAGCUCAACCCUCACAAAGGGGCUGUGAAUUUUGACAAUAUUGGAUAUGCUUGGAUUGCUAUUUUCCAGGUUAUCACUUUGGAGGGAUGGGUAGACAUCAUGUAUUAUGUUAUGGAUGCCCAUUCCUUUUACAAUUUUAUAUAUUUUAUAUUGCUUAUUAUAGUGGGAUCUUUCUUCAUGAUCAAUUUGUGCCUGGUUGUGAUCGCAACCCAGUUCUCGGAAACUAAGCAGCGAGAGAACCAACUAAUGCAGGAGCAGCGUGCACGCUACAUGUCCAACGACAGCACACUAGCCAGCUACUCAGAGCCCGGCAGCUGUUAUGAGGAGUUGCUCAGGUACAUUAGCCACUUGUACCGCAAGGUGAAGCGUCGUGCAUACCGGCUCUACCAUGGCUGGCAGAGCAAGCGUAGGAAGAAGGUCAACCCCAACAGUGGCGGCUUGCCAGGGGGUGGAGGGGCCAAUGGGCAUGGCAGACAGAAGAGUGGUGGGCACUGGGCACGUUCUGUCCACAACCUUGUCCAGCACCACCAGCACCACCACUGUCACCUUAGUAAUGGCAGCCCAAGCCCCCAGGCGAUAGCAGAAAGCACUGAUGUUCUGGAGAUGAGGUUUAUCACAUCAGGAGUACAACUGACAGUGCCCUCGCAGUCACCUCCUGGGUUGGAUCUAUCACCAGGAUGCCAGUCAGUGCACAGCAUCUUUCAAGGUGACUUUCACGAGGCCCCACAGAUUUGCACAGGCACCACAGCUGGAGUGACUCCUCUGGGGAGAUUUAAUGGGGGCAUGAACUAUCCUACCAUUUUGCCAUCCUUCAUCUGCAGCUAUACAGGCAGCAACGUCACAGCCAAAGGUAGACUCGAGGCCAACAACAGCACUGCAGACAUCGUGGAUCCAUUUGAAAAGAUACAGCAUCUGACAGGAGAGCACAGUCACAGGCGCUUAAUGCUGCAGAUGGCCGGGGUAGAGCCAACGUCCCUACUCUUUGAGGUUCUCGGGUGUCCAUACUGUGCCCAGGCUCUGGAGAACAUUGAUCUGGACUUAGCUGACUCUGAAUGCUCCCAGUCUGAAGGCGAGGUGGUGCACGAGUUUUCCCGCCGUGCAAGGUUUAAACUCGGACACUUGCGUCACCACAAGAAGCUUGAGGAGCGCAACCGGUUGAUGCGCUGCUGGGAGAACUUCAGAGACAGGAUGAAACGCAUAGUGGAUAGCAAGUACUUUAACCGUGGGAUUAUGAUCGCUAUCCUCAUCAACACAUUGAGCAUGGGAAUAGAGCAUCACAAGCAGCCUGAUGAACUGACAGAUGUUCUGGAGAUUAGCAAUAUUGUCUUUACCAGCAUGUUUGUCCUUGAGAUGAUCUUCAAGCUGUUGGCCUUUGGUCUCUUCGGCUACAUCAAAAACCCAUAUAAUAUCUUUGAUGGGAUCAUUGUUGUUAUAAGUGUAUGGGAGAUUAUUGGACAGGCUGAUGGGGGUCUUUCGGUGCUCAGGACCUUUCGUCUGUUGCGUGUGCUCAAGCUGGUGCGCUUCCUACCUGCUCUGCGGAGACAGCUGGUGGUCCUGAUGAAGACAAUGGAUAAUGUGGCCACCUUCUGCAUGCUGCUCAUGCUCUUCAUCUUCACCUUCAGUAUUCUUGGAAUGCAUCUGUUUGGCUGCAAAUUCAGCCUGAAGUUGGAGAAUGGAGACACCAUUCCAGACAGGAAGAACUUUGACUCUCUGCUGUGGGCCAUCGUCACUGUGUUUCAGAUACUAACUCAGGAGGACUGGAACGUGGUCCUCUAUAAUGGAAUGGCAUCCACGUCUCCACUGGCUGCACUUUACUUUGUGGCCCUGAUGAGCUUUGGGAAUUACGUCCUAUUUAAUCUUCUGGUAGCCAUCUUGGUAGAGGGCUUUCAAGCAGAGGGAGAUGCCACCAAAUCUGACGGAGAUGAGGAGAAGAGGUCAGUUAAUUUUGAAGAAGAGGAGAAGAUGGGAGAAUUACGUGCCACAGCAGAGUUGAAGAUGUACUCUCUGAUGAUGUCUGCAAACGGGCAUGUGGACACUCACGGUAAUUUGCCUCCACCGAUCAUCAUGCGCACAGCUGCCACUCCUAUGCCCACACCAAAGAGCUCGCUUGGCACAGACUCCAUCUUCAGUUUAGGGGAAUUAAGGCGUGGCAGUGGGAUUUCCAUUGAUCCAAUUGCUUACGAUCAGAGAUCACUGGCCAGCCCACGUAAAUCACCCUGCCACCCGUGUAGUACAAGCAGUAACUGGGGCAGUCGCAGGUCAAGCUGGAACGGCCUGAGUCGAGCACCAAGUCUAAAGAGGAAAGACACAUCUGGGGAGAGGGAGUCUCUGCUCUCAGGUGAGGGUAGAGGCAGCUUUGAGGAUGAGGAACCAGGGGGAAUCAUGCUGGGAAAAACAGGAAGUGCCAGUGGUAGCUCUCUGCACCACCCCAGUUCUCUGGACUUUCCUGAGCUGCCAACACUCCCCAGUCUGUGCCCAUCAGGAGAGUACCACGACUGCAACGGCAGGGCACUACACCUCUCCAGAGAGCUGCCCUCUGAGCUGAGCCGCGAGGACUCAACCACAGAGGAGGAUCUAGAUGAUAGUUUCUGUUUUCGCCUGAAGAGGAUGCUGCAUGCGUAUAAACCCAAGUGGUGUAAAAGUCAUGAGGACUGGUCUCUCUAUAUAUUCUCUCCACGGAACAAGUUUCGAAUGCUCUGCCAGAGGAUCAUUUCACACAAGAUUUUUGACCAUGUGGUCUUAGUCUUUAUCUUCCUUAACUGUAUCACUAUUGCUCUGGAAAGGCCACACAUUCAAUCCAACAGCCCAGAGCGACUGUUCCUCAGUAUUUCCAAUUACGUAUUCACUGUGAUAUUUGUUGCUGAAAUGACUGUGAAGGUGGUGGCUCUUGGCUUUUAUUCAGGAAAGCACAGUUAUCUACAGAGCACCUGGAACGUCUUGGAUGGAGUGUUGGUGUUUGUUUCACUCAUUGACAUCCUGGUGUCCCUGGCAUCCACUGGAGGGAACAAGAUCUUUGGGAUUCUGAGGGUUCUACGUCUACUAAGGACACUGAGGCCUUUAAGAGUGAUCAGUCGCGCUCCAGGACUGAAGCUGGUGGUUGAAACGUUGAUAACGUCACUGAGGCCCAUCGGGAACAUAGUACUGAUCUGCUGCGCGUUCUUCAUCGUCUUUGGCAUUCUUGGAGUGCAGCUCUUCAAAGGCAAAUUUUACCACUGUGAAGGCUUGGACACAAGAAACAUCACCAAUAAAUCAGAUUGCCUGCAAGCCAACUACAAAUGGAUUCGGAGAAAGUACAAUUUCGAUAAUUUGGGGCAGGCUCUCAUGUCGUUGUUUGUGCUGUCUUGUAAGGACGGCUGGGUGAAUAUCAUGUACGAUGGCCUGGAUGCUGUAGGUGUAGACCAGCAGCCGGUACGUAACCACAACCCCUGGAUGCUGCUUUACUUCAUCUCCUUCCUGCUGAUUGUGAGCUUCUUCGUGCUGAACAUGUUCGUGGGUGUGGUGGUGGAGAACUUCCACAAGUGUCGACAGGACCAGGAAGAAGAGGAGGCGCGCCUGCGUGAGGAGAAGAGGCAGCGGUUGAUGGAGAAAAGGCGCAGGAAAGCACAGCAGCGGCCCUACUACGCAGAUUACUCACCAGCCCGGCUCUACAUCCACACACUGUGCACUAACCACUACCUGGACCUCUUUAUCACCUUCAUCAUCUGCAUCAACGUGGUCACCAUGUCCAUAGAGCACUACAACCAGCCCAUGUAUCUAGAAGAAGCGUUGAAGUACUGCAACUACGUCUUCACUGUCUUCUUCAUUUUAGAAGCCCUUCUCAAACUUGUCGCAUUUGGCUUCCGAAGAUUCUUCAAAGACAGGUGGAACCAGUUAGACCUGGCCAUUGUUCUUCUCUCCAUCAUGGGCAUCACAUUGGAGGAGAUCAAAAUGAACGCUGCUCUUCCAAUCAACCCCACUAUCAUCCGGAUCAUGAGGGUUCUGAGAAUAGCCCGAGUGCUGAAGCUUUUGAAGUUGGCUACAGGCAUGAGAGCAUUGCUGGACACUGUGAUGCAGGCUCUACCACAGGUUGGAAAUCUGGGCUUGCUGUUUAUGCUUCUCUUCUUCAUUUAUGCUGCACUCGGCGUAGAGCUUUUUGGGAAAUUGGAAUGCACAGACAAUAACCCAUGUGAAGGACUCAGUCGACAUGCCACGUUCGAGAACUUUGGAAUGGCCUUCCUAACCCUCUUCAGAGUUUCAACUGGUGAUAAUUGGAAUGGUAUAAUGAAGGACACUCUGAGGGAGUGUACUUCAGACGAUAAGCAAUGCCUGAGCUACCUGCCCUUGGUAUCCCCUAUGUACUUUGUCACCUUUGUGCUGAUGGCCCAGUUUGUGCUGGUGAAUGUGGUGGUGGCUGUGUUGAUGAAGCACCUGGAGGAGAGCAAUAAGGAGGCCAAAGACGAUGCUGAGAUGGACGCAGAGAUUGAGCUGGAGAUGGAGAUGGCUCGACGUCUCAGUAACGUUUCAGCAAGGAGCUCUGGUGGUCCAGAGUGCAGGGGCACGUAUAUGGGGCCAAGGGCACAUUCACCUAGACAGGAUGAGCGAAUGCAAAGAACUCAGGAGAAUUUGCUAUCACCACGAAAGAUGUCAGUGUCCAGGAUGCAUUCUUUGCCUAAUGACAGUUACAUGUUUCGGCCUGUGAGGCCAGCCAGCGCGCCGUACCCUCUGCAGGAAGUGCAGCCAACUCAAGCAUACCUCGAAUUAGGCUCAGUGACCUCGAUCCACUCACAGCCUUGUGAAGGUCAUUCCUUGCUCCAGGUUCCUGGUGUUCAUCCUCAGCCCCAUAUUAGUAUUUGCAUGCCUAGGAUCCCCACUCCAAAGUCAUCUCCCCUGCAUGUUGUAGGCAGGCCUCUACGUAGACAGGAAGCAAUCAAAAAUGACUCAAUCGAUGUGCAAAUGUAUGACUCCAAAGGCAACCCAGACAAGCAUGUUAGGAGUACAAGAGCCAGCAUGAUGCUUCCAGUGCCGCAGAUCUCCUCCCCCAGCAGCCCCCUGGUGUCUCAUUUCCUACCCUCUUAUUGUGACAUGUCCAGUGUCUGCACGCUCCAACACUCUCAACAACAGAGAAUUAUCCCCUUACCAUCCAGCCGGGCCAGCAGCAGCCCCAGCGACUCUAUGUUGGACAUGGCGGAUCCAGCCGAUGAGGAGGUGCACCAUAUCAACAGCUCCGCCAGGCUGUGGGCAGGAUUCCCAGCAGAGGGCCGGUGCCACUCUCUGUCUCCCUACAUCGCACCGUGGCCGUUGCCUGUGAAGAACUGUACCAGUGCCACCAAUCUUACCGGCUACAACACUAAAGACAAAGACUUUAAGUUCUUCAGUGUGGACACCAGGGGAUUUUUGGACAAGCCCUCCUGCUGCGAGGAUCAUCGCCGGCACUCUAUUGAGAUUUGCUCUUCAGUGGACAACAAUGCAUUUGAGCAAGAUGUAGGUGAAAAGAGGUAUCUGCCCAUUCGUGGACAAUCAUUGCACAUCCACAGAAAGAAGAAGAUGAGUCCUCCUUGUAUCUCUGUUGACCCGCCACUAGAAAUGGAGCUCCCGCCAUCUCUCGCGUCCAUGAAAAAACUGUCCGAGAGCACGCUACUGCGUCGAAGGACGCCAUCGUAUGAACUGGCCCUACAGCGUGACUCUCUAGAAUUCCUGGAGCACCAACUCCCAAGUCGGCCUUUCAUCAAAAUGGAGAGGCAAAUCUCACACUGUGGUGAAUAUCUCUCUCUCCCACGGUUCCCCUUUCACAAGUCGGACUCCAGUUCCUGCAUCCUGCGUGAAAGCAACCCAUCCGCACAGCCGCCUCGCUUCGACAGUGCACUGGAGGAGUCCACAGAUUUCAGCACAGUAAACAGGACUGCUCAAUGAUAGAGAUGGAAAUGUCGAUGGUUUCAGACUGCAGCGUGGAAGUUAUUUCAGUACUGGAGCAACAACCACUUAAUUCAAUAGCCAAAGUUUUUUUGAGAUGUAUAAUAUUAUGUAAGCCAGCCAGGAAUGGCAACUUUGAUACGAGUGUGAUCGGGCACGAUGGGAUAUGCAAUUUCAGGUUUCUAUACGGAACUCUGGUUCUUAUCUUUUUCCCACUGCCCAAUCACAUUGAUUCGAGUUCAGGAUGUGUUAUGGGUUUUCUUUUUCUUUUUUAUUCCUUUCUCCAUCUUGUCAUUAAUUAUCGCUGUUUCUGUAAAAGAAUACACAUGAUUAAAAUAAAACAAAAAUGGAUUUAAAAAACAUACAAGAACUGUACAUGAUCUGUACUUUAUUAAAUCAUAUGUUGUAAAUUGAGGAAAUAUUGUAUUGUGAAGAAAAUAGAUCUAUUCAUAUGCACAUAUUUUUAUAGAGAUCUAUAAUGUUUUUGCACAUAUCAAUUUGAAAUUCAAGUUGAAAUGUCUUUUGUUGUCCUCUCGUGAAUGUACAUUUUUUAAAAUCGAAUAGCAGUGCAAACAAUUCUAGUCUAUUUAGACCUACUGAUAAAGAAAUGAUUUUUAUUUUUCUAUUGGGAAGCGGGGUAUGACAUAUUGAAGUAGAUCUAGCGACAACCAAACAUCCAAUGAUCUGUAGCCUGAGUGCAAUACACUGUAAAUGUUUAUGUAAGUUUACCCUGUUAGGUUGCUCGCAUUUUACGUAACAUAGUAUUGAGCAUCUCACUGACAUGACCUUCUACCAUAAUCAAAUUCAUCUCAAUGUCUUAAGUACAAACUCACUCACAUAUUCAUUAUGUGAUUAAUAAUGGCAUUUUGUGACCCUUAGCUGUGGCACAGGCAGUGUGCAUGUGAAAGACAAUAUAAAUCACUAGGUUCAUGUUUUUCUCCUUUUCCUCAUUAUUCUCUGACAUUUGGAAACAUUUCUCUAACAUUACGGAAAAGCCAGAGUGUUUUCUGACAGGUUGAUUUUAACAGAAACGUUUACGGUUUACCUUUCAGCUUUGAUAUGGUUCCUCUAGAUUUCUGUUCAGUAAAGAGAACUUUAUAUGAUAAAAACUGAAUAUGGGUGAUUCUACAGCUGUGGGCACUUUUACCUAUAAAUAUCGAGUUAUUUAAAAAGUUCUGGUCUGUAAUAGCUGAUACAGAGCCAGUGAAGUCCCUGGGUUCACCUUCACUUUCGAUGUCACCUUCAGUAGGAGACAGGAGCUUUCUUUCAUGUUCAUAUAAGCUCAUAUGGGAUAGCAGUGUUCUUCAGAGCCUUUUUAGUGAAGAACAAAAUUAAGCAGCACUGACAUCACGGCCAAUUUUAUUUUACGAUAAGGAAAAAUUUUCCGAUAUUUUCCGAUUAUUUGGCCGAUCUUUGAGGAUUAGCCAAUACCGAUCUGAUACUGUUUUCUAAACAAACUUUAACAAUUCAAUUAUUUCACAUGAAAGCCACUUACACUGUCAAUAAAACAUAAUGCAAUUUUAAACCAUUAAGUAACGCUAAAAACUAUUUAUAUGGAAACAUCUAAAUAUGUUUAAAAAAAAAUAAAUAAAUAAAUAUGAGUUGCCUUGUCCAAACUCUGACUGAUAUUCUGACUGUUCUACUGAUACACUGAGGUACUGACUAAUAAACUGAUCCACUGAUAAAAUAAUGAUUAAUAUACUGGCUGAUAUAUUUAUCUACUGACAGAUCAGAAGUCAACACACAAGUGGUGUUUCAAAGAACUACAAAUUGAAAUAAACAAAAGAGUAUCUCAUACCUGUAAAAGUGUUAGUUGCAGAAAUGAACUUUCUAUACAACACUCAUAUAUAAAUAUAUAAUUAAACAAUUCAUAUACGUAAUAACGGAUUUUGCAAUCACGGAUAAUGAUCUGUGAUUAUUUUUGAGCAGAUAGUAUGACAUUUGUCUGGAAGUUAAUACAGAAACAGUUUCUUUUAUCAUUGUGUUUUCAUAUAACAGUUUUUAUAUCAGCACUGUUAUUCUAAGGCAAAUUUUUAAACAUACAAUAAAAGGUAUAAACGUUCAUGUUUAACACAACUUUAUAAUGAUGUACAAACUCAGACCUGCUCUCAGUAAGGACUCCUAUAACAGACAGAGAUGCAUUUUUAUUUAUUAAAAUAAUUCUCUUUUCUGGUUGAUGAAUUCAUGCACAAAUUGAAGGGACUUGAAAGUGCCCAUUGUGACAGAAACACCCAUAUAGACCGUGUAUUUGACUAACUUGUGUAUUUUCUUCCGUUUAACUUUGAAACAUUCAAUUCUGCUCAUUCUGACACUUACAGUAUUUCUAUCCAAUUUCAUGAACGUAUGAAAUACAAAUAAUGGAUUCUUAACAAUGCUUUUGACUACUGUUUUCUCAAUUUUUUGAAUCCUGAAUCGAUUCAGAAAGUCACACUAUUGCAUGUUAAUGGAAAAAUACAUGAAUGUUUUUGAGGUUUUUUGAUAUUUGAGCUUUAAUUUGUAGAAUAACUACCUGCACUGGACUGCAACUGGCCGUCUGGGUUUUCCUCUUUGUAGAUCAACUUAUUCAUUGUCUAAUGCAAUAUUUUAUCUGUAUCUUUGUGAUGAUAGCUCAAGCGACUUAGGUGUAAGCAAAAACCAUGGCUGGUAGAAUAUUUUAAUAGCAUUUAAUGGCAUAUUUAAAUACUGGGCAAUUAAUGUUCAGUCGAUUUACAUGGCUCUGAAAAUGGUAUCUUUUUAUUACCAGCACCAUGAGUUUAAAAAAAAAAAAAAGAAGAAAAAGAAAAAAAGAGAUUUUUUUAAAGAAUUAAUGAACAAAUGAGUAAAAGGAUUUGAUGUGGACAUGCUUCAAUGAUUUGAAUCACUUUAUUGAUAUGGAAACUACAGCUUUCACAAUCAAGCAACCUAGUAUCCUUAAAUAAUUAAUCUAAGCUUUCUCUUCAUUCUUUCGUGGAAGGAAAUUGAGUCUUUUUUUCUUUAUUUCUUAAAGCAAAUUGUUUGCAAUAAUUUUGUUUUGAGUUCUUUGAUAUGGCUCAGAAUUAAUGCAAGGGAGGUAUUUAAAUGGCUAUACAAUUUCUACACUGUAUUAUAACUUUUUAUUGUUCAAUGAU